AUGAGCAAGUUAAGGCAAGUCUUCGCCGGGAUCUCAGAUCCUGGCAACCACAAGAGAAACAAAAAACUCUUUCUUGCUCUGUUUUCCACCCUGCUCCUUGUUGCCGCCGCUGUCGGCAUCAUCGCCGGAGUGAACUCCCGCCAAAAAUCCUCUGAUAAUUUGAAUUUCUCCUCCCAUCCAUCCCAUGCUAUCGUCAAAUCUGCUUGUAGCUCAACCCUUUACCCUGAACUUUGCUUCUCUGCUAUCUCCUCCGAGCCCGGGUUCACCGAGAAAGUCUCUUCCCAACGCGACGUCAUCGAACUUUCCCUAAACAUAACAACCAGAGCCGUUGAGCACAAUUUCUUCACCGUCGAGAAGCUAAUCGCCAAAAGGAAGGGAAGCCUCACGGGAAGAGAGAAAACCGCUCUUCAUGACUGUUUGGAGACGAUCGACGAGACGCUCGACGAGCUUCACACAGCUUCAGAAGAUCUGAAUGUCUAUCCGAACAAGAAAACUCUGUAUCAGCACGCUGACGAUCUAAAGACUCUGAUAAGUGCCGCCAUUACCAACCAGGUCACCUGCCUUGACGGAUUCUCUCACGAAGGCGCUGAUAAGAAAGUGAGGAAAGCUCUAGAGGCAGGGCAGGUGCACGUGGAGCACAUGUGCAGCAAUGCUCUGGCGAUGAUUAAGAACAUGACGGACACAGAUGUGGCCAACUACGAGAGGAAGUUGGGGAUUACGAAGAGCAGGAGGCUGAUGUCGGCGACGUCGGAAGGCGGGGUUCAGUGGCCAGAGUGGAUGUCGGCGGCGGACAGGCAUUUGUUGCAGGCCACGAAUGUGAAGCCUAACGUCGUGGUAGCAGCUGACGGGAGCGGAGAUUUUAAGACGGUGGGGGAAGCUGUGGCUGCGGCGCCGGAAAAGAGUAAGAAUAGAUAUGUGAUUAAGAUCAAAGCAGGAGUUUACAGAGAGAACGUGGAAGUUUCAAAGAAGAAAACGAAUAUAAUGUUCUUAGGAGAUGGAAGAUCUAACACUAUCAUCACCGGAAGCCGGAAUGUUGUUGACGGAAGCACCACCUUCCAUUCCGCCACCGUUGCCGCAGUGGGAGAAAGAUUCCUAGCUCGCGACAUAACCUUUGAAAACACGGCCGGCCAUGCCAAGCACCAGGCCGUCGCCCUCCGGGUGGGUUCCGACUUCGCUGCCUUCUACCAGUGUGACUUCCUCGCCUUCCAGGACACCCUUUACGUCCACAAUAACCGCCAGUUCUUCAUCAACUGCCUCAUUGCCGGCACCGUCGACUUUAUCUUCGGCAACUCCGCCGCCGUGUUCCAAGACUGCGACAUCCACGCCCGACUCCCUGGCUCUGGCCAGAAGAACAUGGUCACCGCACAGGGACGGGUUGAUCCGAACCAGAACACCGGCAUUGUGAUCCAGAAGUGCCGUAUCGGAGCAACGAAGGACCUGGAACCAAAGAAGAAGGACUUCAAGACCUUCCUGGGGCGGCCAUGGAAGCAGUAUUCGAGGACGGUGAUAAUGCAGACGAGCAUAACUGACGUGAUCGAUCCGGUAGGAUGGCACGAGUGGAAUGGUGAUUUUGCUUUGGACACUCUGUUCUACGCCGAGUAUCAGAAUACUGGCGCCGGUGCGGGAACGGCGAAUAGAGUGAAGUGGAAGGGGUACAAGGUUAUAACAAGUGCUUCGGAGGCUCAACAGUUUACUGCCGCCAACUUUGUCGGUGGCUCUAACUGGUUGGCGUCCACUGGCUUUCCUUUCUCUCUUGGUCUCUAGGGCUUACAUCAUUAAUUAUUAUAAUUAUUUUAUUAUUGCAAUAUUUGUUAUGCAUGUUAGGAAAAAAUUGUCCUUUUAUGUAGGCGAAAAGGAAUUGGAUUUGUGCGGAAGAGGAGGUGUGAGUGUGUGAGGAAACAAAAUCGUGUGCUCCUAGCACAUGUGAAGAAGCAGAGGGUGCUUAAGAAAAUAAGAAGUUGAAAAAAAAAAAUAAUAAGGUGACCUUCUUAUUUGGCAUGAUUAAUGAAUGAAAAUAUGAGUGAUUUUGAUUGAACGUUGAGGGUUUAA